UUUGAAUACAAAUGAGCUUCUCUCUAGUGGCACAGAUACCACACAUCCCCUCUCUCUCUCUUACUCACACACGAAUACACAAUCUUCCACACACGCUGCCUCUCGGUCUGUAUUGGAAGACAGCACAUGCAGUAAUUCCCGCCACUUAAUUGAUUAACCCAGGCUGCUUAUUUGAAGUGGCUAAUUAGAGAGGGAGAGUGUCGAGUGUGUGAGGAGGGCUGGGGAGUCGCUGGCGUGCUUUAUCUCCGUGUGCGCGUGUGUGAGUGUCUGUCUGAGGAGCUCCGGUACCACACUUCACUCUGGAGCAGGAGGAGGAGAGAAGAAGAAGAGAAGAGAUAGAGAGGCAGCUGGGUGGGGAGAUUUUCACAGCACUCUCCCUCAUCUGACAUGGCCUCCGCGUAGGAAUCUUGUGCCACUGCAACAGAGGAGCUAGGCAGCAGCGAGGUGUCUAAGGUGUGAGGAGAGAGAGAGUGCUGGAGAGAGGACAGGAGAGAAAGAACGAGAGAAGGCAGGAGAGAGAGAACGAGAGAAUGAUGGCGGCGGAGGAGGAGAAGCCGGGUUUGAAGAGCAGCAGCUCCAUCGUUCCCUGCUUCUUGUUUGUUGAGCUGGUGAUCAUGGCAGGGACGGUUCUCCUGGCAUACUACUUUGAGUACACAGACACGUUCCCCGUGCACAUCCAGGGCUUCUUCUGCUACGACAAGACGUUCUCCAAGCCCUACCCCGGCCCGGAUGAAACCAGCAAGAUACCCCCACUGCUGGUCUACUCACUGGUUACAGGCAUCCCCUGCUUCACGAUCCUGGUGGGGGAGCUGGUGGCGUUCUUUAUGAAGGCUGAGGGGACGCAAGAGAAGACCAUAGUGACAGCAGACUGCUGCUACUUCAACCCCCUGCUGCGACGCAUCGUCCGCUUCCUAGGGGUGUUCUCCUUCGGCCUGUUCACCACCACCAUCUUUGCCAACGCGGGUCAGGCGGUUACAGGAAACCAGACGCCUCACUUCCUGUCUGCCUGCCGCCCUAACUACACGGCCCUGGGGUGCACAUCCAACAUGCAGUACAUCACCCAGCCCCGUGCCUGCACUGGAAACCCCCUGGUAGUGGCAUCUGCACGCAAAUCCUUCCCCUCCAAGGACGCAGCGCUCAGUGUCUACUCUGCAGUCUACACGGUGAUGUAUGUGACGCUGGUAUUCCAGACCAAAGGCACUCGGCUGACCAAGCCUACGGUCAGCCUGACCCUGCUAUGCCUGGCCAUGCUGGUGGGAGUGGUCAAGGUGGCAGAGUACCGCAACCACUGGGCCGACGUCCUGGCCGGCUUCUUCACUGGAGGAGCCAUCGCUGUGUUUCUGGUGACGUGUGUGAUCAACAACUUCCAGCAGACGAGGCCCCCUCCCCCUCCCCCGCGGCCACAGCGCCCUGAGUCGGUGCUAGGCAUGCCGAUGGUGGCUCUGCCAUGUGUGGAGAGUCCUCUCGAAAAGUUAAGUGGAACUCAGACUCCGAGGGGAUCUCCUUUCACAGAGAUCACAUGACCAUCAGCCGUAUCGGUUCCCCGCCACCCCAGAUGUCCUCAUUCCGUCUCGCUCCAUUUCCAGCGAAGUCUAGACCAGCCACAUGAACAUGAACACUCACACGAACACCACUGCGCCGCCCACCCGGCAGGCCGCUACUCCACCCUCUACAGAUCCUACUCCACGCAGGUCUAGACUUUCAAAACACACGCACACAAACACAACACACACAGCAACCUCAGAACUCUACAAACCUCCCCCUAACCUUGUCCAAGCCCAAACCCCUGGGGGAACCGAGAGGUGAGCUCUCAAAGUGAGACUCGCAAAGACUUAACAGCUAUCCAGCUGAACAUUCAGUACAGUGUCAGGUACAGGUAUGCCUCUUUCAUUUUGUUGUUUUCAGAGGCUUCUUUUUUGUUUUGCAGACUUUUUUUGAAUGUCCUUCAUUGUGUGAAGUACACAUUUCACUGAUAUUGCAAGGUGAUGUUUCAUCUUCUACGUGCUUGUAAGGAGAAACUGUCAAUCCAUUUGACAACUGUGUUCUUUUGUGUUUUCAACUGUCUGUUGGAGAUGUCCUCACAGCCAAUGCAGCCAGUCAUCCUGAAACACUUCAGUCAUUUGUGUCUCUGUACACUUUUAAGAUGAAUCCAAACAACUGCUCAAUGAACGCUCUCUGCUGGCUUUAGGGCUCAUUUUCAGUAUCCUAGAAUGCGCCAAUCAUCAAAUAUCUGCACGAGUCAACAAACUCAAGUGAACAAAUGUUUACGGUCCAAUCACUUUCUGUAGCAACUGUGGUACUUAAUUACUGUACCUUCCAAAUACAGCAUAGAGACAACACACACAGAUCAGGAUCCUGGUAGGUCUAAACGCAUCGCAUUAGCUCUCUGGCAGACCUCUCAUCAGCUCUGCAUGACAUUACCCAGAUCAAAGGAUUCUGUUCAUAUCACUGAGGAGAAGACAAUACAAGAACAAACAGGAUGAAACUGCAGACAGUUUAUUUUUCUCCGCUUUCGAUUGGUUGCAACUGCAGCAAGUCAGCAUGAAAUAUAUAUACAGAUUUGGUAAGACCGGAUGAGACACAUUUUGAAAUACAUCACAAGUGACAGGACAUGAGCAUUGUACAGUACAAAACAUUUUCUUUUACACUCAAUGUAUCUGGACAGGGAACCUUGGUUACCAAAGCUUUGUCAUUGUGAUGUCACUAAAAUACUUGUUUACUUACACAUCCCUUUUGCCUGGAAUGGAACGGAUCACAUCGGCAUGGAACGGAACGCCACACUGGAAAACCAAGAUUCCCUGUCUCUGGGCUGUAGAGAGAUAUUAUUGGACUUUGCCUAUUCAUGUGAUUUAUUUAUGAGGAGAUUAAUCAUAGAUGUAUUUAGUUGAUGUGUAUAUAUGGUGUGGUUGCCACAAACAGUUUAAUUUUGAUUUGCACAGCCCUCACUCAUAUCCAGUGGUGUAGAGUACUUAAGUAAAAAAUACUUUAAAAUUCUACUUAAGUAGUUUUUUGGGGUAUCUACUGUACUUUACUAUUUAUAUUUUUACCAACUUUUACUUGUACUUGACUACAUUCCUAAAGAAAAUGAUGUACUUUUUACUCCAUACAUUUUCCCUGACAGCCAAAUCAUUUUGAAUGCUUAGCAGGACAGGAAAAUGGUCCAAUUCAUGCACUAAUCAAGAGAACAUCCCUGGUCAUCCCUACUGCCUCUGAUCUGGAGGAGUCAGGAAACACAAAUGCUUUGUUUGUAAAUUAUGUGAGUGUUGUAGUGUGCCUCUCGUUAUCCGUAAAUUAAAAAGAUUUGCUUAAUAUAAGGAAUUUGAAACGAUUUCUACUUUUACGUUUAACUAAGUAUAUUUUAGCAAUUACAUUUACUUUUGAUACUUAAGUGUAUUUAAAACCAAAUACUUUUAGACUUUUACUCAUGUAGUAUUUACUGGGUGACUUUCACUUGAGUAAUUUUCUAUUAAGGUAUCUUUAUUUUUACUCAAGUAUGAUAAUUGGGUACUUUUUCCACCACUGCUCAUAUCUCACCCGCCACUCUCCACUCCCUCCCACUGGCAUAUGGUUUUCUACCACUGUUUGGUUUUCUUCUUUGUGUUGUAUCCUGACUAUACCAUCACUGUGCUGUGUAAUGUUUCCCUCUGCUGGACAACACACACACACACACACACACACACACACACACACACACACACACACACACAUGAAAACGCUCAUAAGAAAACAUACAUUUAAUAUUGUCAAACUUACCAAAAUACACACACUUUUGGACGAACAUACACAUACUCAGCCAACGAAACAAACAAACACACACACUCACUUACCUCUCCUAAUCUCUAGCCUAUACCUCCCCUCUUUUCCACUUUCUUACACUUAAACCUGUUUGUAUGGUUUUGUAAAUAGUUAUUUUUUGUAAUGAGAACGUGAUUUUUACACAGACACCCCACUGCUCUCCUUACAUUAUGUGGUUAUGGAGAAAUGGGAACAUUAAUCGUAUUAACUGUAUUACUAAAGACAAGCGUGUAUGUAAAGGUCCUGGUCCACUCUAAAUCAGGCCUGGAUUGGACCUCUCCUCGUCCCAAACUGGCAGCCAUUCUGCAUCAAACCAGGUGCCCUCCCGGACCAAGGUUGGAGUCAACCGAAGAUGGCCCGUGGUUUUAUGCUAACAAUAGAAUCCCCUCAUGGUUUAGUUUCUCAUGUAAUAGUUCACCUGCCAGUCCAUAUUGGGCCAGUAACCGAAAGGUUGCUGGAUCGAAUCCGCAAGCUGACAAGGUAAAAAUCUGUCGUUCUGCCCCUGAGCAAGGCAGUUAACCCACUGUUCCCCGGGAGCCGAUGACAUUGAUUAAGGCAGCCCCCCAUGCCUCUCUGAUUCAGAGGGGUAGGGUUGAAUGCAUUCAGUUGUACAGCUGACUAGGUAUCCCCCUUUCCCUAUACACCAGAGUCAGUGAAUUAGGACAAAGUGCACUGUAUACAAGGGACUUAACCGUAUCACAAUUUUGAGCGGGUCUGUUGCUUUUACAUUUAAGUCAUUUAGCAGACGCUUUUAUCCAGAGCGACUUACAGAAGCAAUUACGGUUAAGUGCCUUGGUCUAGGGCACCUUGUCGUCUCGGGGAUUCGAACCAGCGACCUUUCAGUUACUGGCCCAGAGCUCUUAACCGCUAGGGCAAAACUGACAGCAGCUACAAAAUACUACACAGAUGGCUUGAUUAUGUUUGGGUCAGAAUGUGUGUUCCUCGGUGCACAUACAAUACAUCUGCAGUUUGAUUUAGUUCUAUUUUUAAAAAUAAGACGAUAAAUAAUGCAGGAACAAAAAAAAGUGUUCUGAGUUUUAACACUUCAUUUCAUCUUGUUACAACGUACCCUCUGUUUUGUAAAGAUUUGUCUGAUGAGAACAAUAAAUGGAUAUUGCAAUAAAAAGGA